AUGAAAGUAUUUCAUUCAUUUACAAUCGGCAGUGUUUGGAUGGCUCUAUUUCUGUCACAUGGGGAGGCGUCAUAUCUUCGCCCAGAGGAGGAUGACAAUGGCACUUCAAGCACAGACAAUUUCCACCUGCAAAUUUCCAGUGAUUCCCCCGUCAGAACUACUGUAGACACCUUGGACUGUGUUUUAGGAGAGUCGGAAAAGGCCCUUGAAAGGAAUAGACAGAUAAACUCUGAAGCAGGAAAUGUGGAAAUGAUGGAUGCAAAUGCAUAUGUGGCGAGGGAAGCACUAGCCACAAUACCGAAGGAAAAUGACCAAGCAGAAGUUUCGAAGAUGGAGCAUGAACUGGAGCUUCUGAAAGAGGCAGAGUCUUCUGCAAAAGCAACCAAAGCAGUGCGGCUUCAGCAACAGAACCUCAAGUCCCGCGACGAGGUUUCGGCAUUGAUACAAUAUCCCAUCUUGGGCUUCAGCUUGCCCACAUCUGUCAACCCCAUUGAAUAUUUAACGAAAUACAGCGCAAACGCUGCUGUGUUGCCCAGUUCAGGCUCACAAUCUGGGCCGGCUGGAGGACUGUCGGCGCUCCACCACCGGGGCAAAGGUGCAGGGAGAACCAGUAGUCAGCUAGGGCGAGACAGCAUCGAAAUUUUCGGCGAUGGAGCAGCUCGCAAAGGGCUGAAGGGGAAGUGCGCAGGUGGACAGGGAAAGAAACUCCAUCAUAAGAAAAAUGGCGGUGGACCGUGCAAAGGCGAGUGCAACGACGAGGGAAACGUGAACGACGAAAAAGCGGAGCAACGCGUGCAGAGAAAAAACAGUUCAGGUGCUAAAGUUACUGAAUACAUUGAGGAAGCAGCAGUGUCUCCAUUACAUAAUGGCGAAGAGUCGACAGUCCUUAGCGACUCCCCUAACGACGUCGGGCUAUCCGAAGACACGUUUGACGGCAGCAUGGAAGGUCCAGAUGAGGGAGAAGUGACAUCUGCCUCUGCUGUCUCCGUAAAUACAGGGGAGAGAGAUGAUGAUGACGACAACGGCGAUGAUGGGUCAUCCGAUUCUGCCAAGUUGAACUGCAACAAAAGAGCAUCUGCCGAGGAGACUGGGAACAACAUGAUUGAUUCUGCGGAAGGCGAAUGUGAAAGCUGCGAAAAUCAAGUUGUAGAGACACAAGGAGUACAGAAGUCAUUUUACCAGGACAAGCCGCACUGGGUAGCAGGAACGUCCCAGACCGGCCAGCGUUACAACAGGGACAUUCAUACGGCAAUUGAGACCGCCCGGCUGCGGUUCGCUGGAGCAAAGAGCGCUGCAGCACCCUCUAACUCGGCUGACACAAAAGACUCCGGAAGCCAGCCCGCAAGAGCUGAUUCUACCGAUGCGCAAAAGAGAGAGGUCGGCAAUUCGGAACCUGCAAGGGGGAUGAACUCUAAAGCAACGGUCAGGCGGCAAACGGCUACAGAUGAGUUAGGCAUAACAGAGGAAACCUCGGCAGCACGGGAAGGAGCAGCAGGGGCAAAGGCCUCGCUUGAGGACGAACACAAACUCGUCACCGCAGCUGAGGAGGCGCAGCAGGCACAAAAUGGGCUCAAAUUAUGUGAGCAUGGGUCUUUCCUCAGCUGUCACCGUGAACAAAUCAGGAGACGUCAGCGGGAGCUCUAA